UAUAUCUGAUUUUAUAAUGAUGACAUAAGACUUAUGUAAACACGGGGAACUCACAUGGCCAGAACCCACGACCUCCCUGCAACGAUAAAUUUGACUCAUAACACAUUUCGGUUUUAAGAAGUUCAGACUAUUUUAAGGAGCGAGCAAUAAUGAUAGUGAAGUAUGCUCUAGGAUUAUGUAUCCUAGGAACAUGUCUCUUGAAUAUCGAUGCCUGGCUUUUCGAUGUAAAUUCUGGGGACAGUAAAUGUACAUCAGCCGGAGGGAACUGUAAAACGAGCGGAUGCUCUGGAUCAUGGAAAACUGGACUAUGCUCUGGCGCCGCAAAUAGAAGAUGUUGUGUAGAAAACAGUGGGAAUGACGGAAAAUGUACUUCAGCUGGGGGGAGCUGCAAAACGAGUGGAUGCUCUGGAUCAUGGCAAUCUGGGCUGUGCUCUGGCCCCGUGAAUAGAAAAUGCUGUGUCGGUGAUGACUCCCAAUGUACUAACGCCGGGGGAAAGUGCCAGACAACUUCCUGUGAUGGGUCAUUGAGGACUGGACUCUGUUCUGGCCAAACGAGUAGACGUUGUUGCAUCAAGAGUAGUGGCAAUGGCAACAAGCUGAGCCACUCCCAGGCUGCGUCAAUGCUCUCCCAAGCAGGCAUAAGUACCAGCUCUAGCGGAAGAUGUUCCAACAGGAAUGUUCGCACGUGCACGAGUCUGGAGCAGAUAAGACGAGCAACUAUCACAGGGACAAUCAACGAGCUCAAAAAACCCAGCAGGUGUCCCGUGAUUGUUACCGGUGGAACUGAGAUUGGUCACGCAGGGGGUACGUACAGUCAUUGGAAUGGCUAUAAGAUUGACCUUGGUCUCAACUCUUGCCUUGACAAAUACAUCAAGAAGAAUUUCCCUUUCCACCGCAUGAGAGGACGUUAUCCAGUGUACAAGGCCCCGUCCGGGAACGAGUAUUGUCUGGAGGGAAACCAUUGGGACAACACAUACUACUAAAAUAAACAAAAUUGGGGUAUACAUUGUAUAAAGGGGGAGCACAUUCCAAUCUGUUGAGAAGUUAUUCAUAUCCUAGUUGUAAUGAUAUUUAAUAAAAUGCAAAAAGUGUAAUAAAGUUGAAGCAACAUGGUUUACUCUAUGGUUUUG